AUGCCUGUUCAAUCAACGCAUCCACCACUAUCACAAGCCCUACCUCCGUUAAUCCUAGGCGGAGCAGGAUUCAGCAACCAGCUCAAUGCAAACCCAACCUCUCUCCCUGUCCGUCAAGUGAUCAAAGAAGCUUUUAACCUGGGCAUCCGCGCAAUCGAUACAUCCCCAUACUAUUACGGACCAUCAGAGCAGCUAAUCGGCGACGCACUCUCCCAGCCAGAAAUCGUCAAGCACUACCCCCGAAAAGACUACAUCCUGAUGACAAAGGUUGGCCGAAUAAGUGCUGCUGAGUUUAACUACUCACCCUCUUGUAUACGAACGUCCAUCCUCCGGUCCUUGGAGAGACUGGACACAUCCUACCUUGACGUUAUCUUCUGUCAUGAUGCCGAGUACAUCACGGACGGGGAGACACUAAUUGCCAUCGGAGUCCUCCUUGACUUCGUCCGUGACGGGAAGAUCCGAUACGUGGGGAUAUCAGGGUACCGGAUUGAUAUCCUGAUGCGGCUUGCGAAAGCCGCCCGUCAACGCUACAGUCGACCGCUGGGUGUGGUUCAGAACUGGGCCCAACUCACACUGCAAAACUCCCGAUUGGAGACACAAGGCUUAGAUUCGUUACGAAACGAAGGCGUAUCUUGUGUCUGCAGCUCGAGUCCCCUUGCUAUCGGCCUUCUUCGUUCCGGUGGCGUUCCCCAGGGCUCUUUGGGUGAUUUCCAUCCCGCGCCGGCUGGACUUCGGGCGGUUGCUAAAGAAGCUGCGGAGUUUGUUGUGGCUCAGACGGGUGAAAGUAUGGCUUCCCUGGCGCUGCAAUACGCUUUGUCGCGGGCUCCGCUUGCAUCAAUGGAAUCGUUUCGGGUUAGCACGAUCACUGGUAUAAGUUCUGUAUCUGAGCUCAAAGAGAAGGUCAUGGCGGCACGGCAGAUAUUGAAAGGACCUGUCGAUGGCCGAAAAGGGUCUAUUCUCGAUUACAGCCCACAGAAGGAGAUGCAAUUUGAGCGUGAUAAGUCACUUUAUAAAAGUGUGAGGCGUAUUCUGGGUCCAUGGGUUGGAUACUGUUUCCCUAGCCCUGGAGAAGGGUGGUGCACAGAACGAAAACGAAUGCUAGGCCAGAAGAAAUCUGCCAAUUUAUAG